AAUACAUCACUAUUAUUAAAUAACAAGCUGACGACUCUGACGAGUACUUGUUGUGGUUCUGUUUAGUGUUGAAGAAUUUAUUUGUGAUCAUUUAAAUUUUGAAAUAUAUUUUUAAAAAUAUGAUAGCCUACUGUGAGCAAAGAAAAAAAUGAUAACAUUUGGCGGUGCGAAUACUUCCACGGCUCAAGAAGAGUCUGGCGACGUGAGAAGCAUUUGCGAGAGCAUAUGUAGCGAUGGGUCAAAUGCCACAGUGCAACCAGGGGCUAACCAGAGACCCCGUAUGGACAUCGCAUGUGUUUUGGACGUGACCCAAACAGUGAACCUUGCACACAGAAAAAGGGCACUGGAGGAAGUUCGUCUGGCUUCCGAACUCGUCAAUGCGAACGUACACCACAUUCAUUUUGAAAAACUUGAUUUUGGAGAAACAAGUGUAUUGGAUACAUUUUACAAUGCCGACGUGGCCCUGGUCGAUCUCAGUAUACAAUUACAACAAAGCUCGCUACUUUAUCAUCUUGGUGUAAGAGAGAGUUUUGAUAUGAAAGAAAAUGUACUACUCUAUAAUGAUGUAGAUUCUGACGCUACACUCCGCUUGAAAAUAUCUCUUCCCAAUUUCCUAUUCGUAUCAUACAAGCUCACCGAUGCAGGAACAUGCGUCACUACUAACCCGGCAGCAGCGAAGUUCAAAGGCGAAGAAGCUCCAGAUCCAAAGCAACAUCUAACUCUGAGACUCAAGAAUAUACUCCAAGAUGUUGAAGUUCAAACUAAGGCUCAUCUACAGGAAAAGUUUCUGUCUGAUCUACGGAAAGCUCGUGAAACUUACAGCGGUACGGAGUUGGCAAAUGUUCUGCAUGCAAUGCGAAGGAGGCUCGACGACCCCGCGGUUCUGUCAGGCGACACAAUACUUAACUUACUUAUAUCAUAUAGAGAGAUACAGGAUUACGACGCUAUAGUUCAAAUUGUGGAUGAUCUGAAAACUAUUAUGAACAGAAAGAAUUACGUCAAUAUGCCUAUCAUAAGAUUUAUGUAUGCUUUCGCUAUGAACAGGAGGAAUAAGGAAGGUGAUAGGGAGAAUGCUUUAAAGGUGUGUGUUAAGGCGCUAGAGAAGAAAGAAAAUAGAUUUCCUGAUAUGUUGUGCCUCUGUGGUCGCAUAUACAAGGAUAAAUUCGUAGAAUCUCAACACACUGAUACAGAAAGUUUGGCGAACGCUAUUCAUUGGUAUAGACAAGGGUUUGAAGUUCAACCAAAUGAAUAUGCCGGUAUUAAUUUAGCAACGUUACUAGUCAUAGCUGGGAACGACUUUAAGAAUUCUCAAGAACUGCAACACAUAGGAAUGGUGCUGAAUCAUUUAAUUGGUAAAAAAGGCAGUUUAUCAUCGCUGAAAGAGUACUGGGAUGUAGCAACAUUUUUUGAGAUCUCAGUACUGGCUCAGGAUUACGUGAAAGCGAUACAAGCAGCCGAAUGUAUGUUUAAAUUAAAACCGCCUAAUUGGUACCUGAAGUCUACUAUAGGAAAUAUUGAACUUAUAGAUAGGUUUAGAAAGAAAGGCGAUGAAACGUCACCAGAACAGCAAGUUUUUUCCUUCUGGAUGGAGUUUUUCGUCGAGGCAACUAAAAGCACCUGUGAAAAUAUUAUACGUUUUCCUGUGGUGAUCUUAGAGACUACGAAAGUUUACAUGCCUUCCUACCUAAACGUGAAUAUGGGCGCCGAACAAAAAUCUGUGGAGAUAUUCAAUCUUUGUUUGGAUUCGAUGCGAGGGGACUGCAGGCAGGUGCAUCGGUGGCUCUUCACUUCCGAUAUGAUAAGAACUUAUAGCUUGUACAAACGCGACGAACGCUGUCUAUUUUUAUAUGUGAGUGAGAAUUCCGAUGAUUUUCAAAUAUUUCUACCGUCAGAAGCGUUUCGUCAACACCUUUAUGAUUUACUCGGAGAAUUAACUGCCGAUCACGAAAAGGUCGCUGACUUGGACACCAGUGUGAUGCAGGAUCAAUUAAAGUUUGAAUACGAGUUAGACGAUUACAAUAAACGCGUAGUGCUCGGUAAAGGCACGUACGGCGUGGUGUACGCGGCGCGGGACCUCAACACUCAAGUACGUAUCGCUGUCAAAGAGAUCCCCGAGAAGAAUCUCGGUGACGUACAGCCUCUGCACGAAGAGAUAUUGCUACAUUCACAGCUGCGGCAUAGGAAUAUUGUACAGUAUCUCGGAUCAAUAUCAGAAAACAAUUACUUUAAGAUUUUCAUGGAACAAGUUCCGGGAGGCUCUUUAUCGGCUCUACUGAGAUCUAAAUGGGGACCACUCAAAGAAAAUGAAGCUACAAUUGCCUAUUACACUAAACAGAUAUUAGAAGGUUUAAAAUACCUACACGAUCAGAAAAUUGUUCAUCGUGACAUCAAAGGUGACAACGUCCUAGUGAAUACGUAUAGUGGUGUCGUCAAGAUAUCGGACUUCGGUACUUCCAAGCGACUCGCUGGUCUGUGUCCUUCAACUGAGACCUUUGCUGGUACACUACAGUACAUGGCCCCCGAAGUGAUAGACAAGGGACAGAGGGGAUAUGGAGCACCGGCUGAUAUUUGGUCUUUGGGAUGCACGGUGGUAGAAAUGGCGACGGGUAAUCCACCUUUUAUGGAGUUGGGGUCCCCUCAAGCAGCUCUGUUUAAGGUGGGAUACUACAAAAUGCAUCCUGAAAUACCAAGUGAAUUAUCGCUGAAAGCAAAGAAUUUCAUACUACGCUGCUUCAUACCCGAACCAGAAAAACGGGCUACAGCCGCCGAAUUACUUGAAGAUCCGUUCUUAUGCGAGAAAAAAAAAUCGAGCAGCCGUCUAGGGAAUAGUAUCGACUACAGCCGAAGUAUAUCAGUGCCCGCAGACAAAAUCCGACCUCUGGUCUCGCAGAAAAAGAUUUCUGAAACAAGUCUACCCGGCAACCUCCCCAGUUCCCCAGAAAUUGAGGUUAAAACGGUCCGGUCUAAUCCAACAAUCACUAGGACGGCCUCGUCGAUGCUUUCGCCGAUACUGAUAUAUCCGCCGGAUUAUUCGAAUAGCAGUACUAUGCCGAAUACUCCAUUAACCGAUGAAAUGGAUAACAAUGAUACAAUUUUGAAUAGAAGAAGCUCUUCCGGAGGCUUGCUUUCACCUGAGGUCGACAUGACAAACGUGCCUCGAUCAUCUAUCGAUAUAGAACAAGACGGUUUCUACUUACUGAAGAAGGACUCGCAACGCCGUCUCACUCUGUCACGAGUGUUAGAGCAAGACAGCGAAAAGAUUUGCUCUAAGUGGAUGCUGAGUAUUCAACAGGACUUCGGCAAUACUGUUUUAACGUUGAAUCAUUUAGAGACGCUUCGUUGUGCGCUCAAAGAUUACAUAAUGGAUCAAAAUAGGAGUGUCAUAGAGCGCGCAAUAAUUGCUUUGAAAGAGGAAUUAGAUUUUGACGCGAAUGCAAUAAAUGAAUUGCAUUCAGCUAUAUACAUGUUUCAAGAAGCAGUAAAUGUGGUGCUGAGAAUGCAUAGCAUAAAGCCCCAUUGGAUGUUCGCGUUAGAUAAUUUAGUGCGAAAUGCAGUUCAAGCUGCAAUAACAGUCUUGUCACCUGAGCUGGGCGCCAACCUGGCGGGGCAGGAGGCGGAGCGGCGCGGCGCGGCGGACGCGUCGCCGUCGGCGCUGUCGUCCGCCGCGUCCGCGCGCGAGCCGCUGCCGCUGGCGCUGCAGCUGCGCGCCGACUGCCACAAACUUCAACAGGAACUCAUUGACAGUUACCAACAGUACCAAACUCUUCUCCGGAUAAUGUUAGAAGAGCAGAAAUCACAAGCUCAAAUCUUAAGAGAAAUCGUUGAUAAAAAACCAAAAACCAAAACCCCUACCACGGACCUAGAAGAGGAAAACCAAGAGCAUCUGAAAGAGUUGCGUGAUUGGGCUUCGAGUCGCAACGUACCGGACUCUGCCGUUCAAGCGCUUGCGUUGCAACAGUUUCGCCUCACUGAUAUGUUACAACACGCGCAGAGAGAAGACAUCGCUAGGCUGGACUUACCGAUUGGCAUUGAACUUCGUCUAUGGCGAGCAAUAGUUGAACAUCGUCUCCAAACCAAUUCAAAUCGUCUACGACGAACAAGUAGUACUGAAACGGAUAUGGACACGAAUUCUAUAGUUGUAGUAGAAUGUCAGAAGUGCAAAACCUCAAGAACGGUUUCGACCAAUUCCUCGUGUUCGAAUAACCCAACUAUAGUGAUAAGAGACCAGCAAGUUAACGGCGAUGACACAGUAGGUGAGUAUUGUACGGAGAAUGGGGUUGUAAACCUUUGACUAUUGCGUGGGUGGUGCACUCUACAGUGACCGAGGUUUUGAACUUCUGGAAACGGCUUCUGGUUAGGCGGUUAUUUCCACUGACGAUUUAAUAAUUUACGUAAUGAAUUAAUUUUCUUCUUUUAUAGAACGCUUAUCUCCAAGUUGAGCGUGUUUGAAAUCACGAACUUAUUGUUAUUUGAAUAGAAUUGAAUUUUGUAUUUCCUUUAUUAUUCUUGUGUGGACUAGAGCUUAAUCUAACCCUGGUAUUAUAUUUUUUAUAUUCGCAAAUCAAUUUAUGAAGUACUCAAUGAAAAUGAAUAUUCAUCACAAUGUCAUUAUUUAUUUAUAUCUUUAUCUCAAAAAUUAUGUACUUAUUUAUAAAUAGCAUAUAAGGUUUAAAUGUACUGAAGUCAGUGGAAAUAGACAAAAGAAUUAUUUUUCUUAAAUUCAAAAACUAAAGAUCAGGCUUACAAUAAAACAGUAAUUUAAAUAAGCAAUAUUUUUUGAUGUUAUUAAUAUAUUUUAAAAUUUAAAAGCAAUUAAACGUUUAUUGUAUAAGUUAUUUUAAUAUAAUGCGGUGCUUAAUGAUUAACUAUUAAUGUAAAAGUAUGUUGAGUGUUACAUCUAAAAUCAAAUGUAUGAAAUGUUUGCAGCUAAAGCUAUUAUUGCAAUACAUAUACGAAAUAAGAUCUGAAUUAAGGUAUAAUAAAUAACACGUAGGAAAAAAAUGAGCAAUAAUGAAAAAAUAGAUAAAAAUAUUUUCUUAUUAGAUUGCCAAUUAAUUAUGUAUAUUGCACUUUGAACGCCAUGUUGAACUACCGAAUAUAAUGUAAGCAUAUAAAUAACCGCUUGAAGCCUUGAGUGUGUCACCGCUAAUAUUGUACACAAUAUAAUUAAUACGAAGUUUAUUUACAAUACUAGUCUUUUGUAAAUAUUUUCUCAAUACGUCAUAAUAAGCAAUCGUUUUUAUAGCGCACGAAAUGGUGCUAAGUUAUGUGAUUGAAAGCGACGUGCCUUUGUAUAAUACGCUUUAAAUAAAUUAUCAUAAGAGCUAUUUUUGAAGAGAUUAAGGUGCUUCUAGAAAUUACCAUUAUUCAGUGUUUUGGUCAGAACUAAUGUCAUUUAGAAUCUAUACUGGUUUAUAUACUUAUAGAUGUGCAAAAACUUAUAAAACGAAUUAAAUAUCUCUUUGUUUAUACAAACCUUUAAACAAAAAUGCCUAUCGCUCGAUAUCUGUCUAAAAUAAGUUUUGCGUCAAUUCGUUAUGUCACAAACUAUGUAAUGUCACGCCACAGGUGCUCCAUUAUAUUUUAAAACAUAUCCAGUAAGUUGGGCAGUAGCCCUUGCAAUUCAGUUGCAUUUUGUAUUGUUUCAAAAUUUACGUAGGCAAAACAAAAAGCAAAAAUGUGUGAAAAUAAACUACUAUCUAUAGUCUCAGUACUAACUAUAUUACUCCACUGAAUAUAAUUAUUAUAAAAUUUAUUUUUAAAAGUUUUUUUCUUAUUUGUUACAAAGGUCGCCUUAUCUAUAAUUGACGAAAAGUAAUACACUAAAACACAGUCUAGAAUUAUGCAUUUGCCUUCAUAAUAACCCUAUUUAAAUACUAUCUUAUUUAUGAUGUGUUAGUUUAUAACAUAUCAAUUUCAGACUCGGACCCUUUUUUUUCAUCUGGUGCCUUGGUAUGUAACAAUAGUUGAACUCAAUUCAUUAUUUUGUUUCUCAAUCAGAUUCGAAUUCUAAUUUUACAGUUUGCAGUGUAUAGAGUAUAAAUUUUCAAUGUUCAAGAUAUAUUAUUUAUAUAGAAUGUUAAUGUUAGAACUUACUAUAUCCUAACAUAUAAGUGAGUAUUUUUAUAAUAACAGUUUUCUUGGUUAAUAUAUUAAGAUUAAUUUUAGUGUUUUUUUGUGCCAUAAAUACAUAAUGUCGACGUAGAUAGUAACAUAAUUUUAUUUACUAAUUGUUAUAAUUAUGUUAAAGAAAAAAUUAAAUCUAUAAUUAAUUAUAAUUAUCUUAAGAAUGUAGUGAUAAGUUGUCUUUGAUUUUAUUUUGUCGUUUUGUAAUUCAGUAUUUAAAAUUGAUUUCAAAAAGAUUUCAUUAAUUUUUCAAAGUGAACUCACAGCUUUAUUAAUUAAAUAUUACUUAUAUUGUUAAUGAUAAAGGUUAUUUGAUCAGGCAGCUGAAAAAAAUUUUUUAUGCGUUAUAAAUGCGAUAUACAAAUUAUAUAAUUAAUACUUUUGUUAUAUUAUAAAAAUAUGUAAUUUAAAACUAUAUUUCACAGAGGCUUUGAAAAAAUAAAAAAAUAAAAAUAAGACGAAACAAUACUAAAGUUAUGGCCAUUUAUUUAUCAAUAAUUCUAUUAUUAUAGUUGUUCUAUGAAGUUUACUGUAUUAAAUACAAAAUGUACUAGUUCUAUACUUUAUAACGAAUUAUUGUAUCUUCUCAUAAUGUUAAUUAAUAUUCAGCUAAAUUUAAUACUUAGAUUAUUUUAAAUUUCGCAUUGUAACAUAUGAAAUCAUACAUAAAUGCAAAGAAGUCGAGUUGCAUAAAUAUAUUUUUAAAAUAUAAAUAGCAUAGUGUAGUUAAGCACUACCUAUAUUAACAAUACUCAAUAAUACUGUUGUGAAGUACAAAAUAUAUAAUGUUAUGAAAGA